GGCACAUGUUCAUACAGCGCUUUCAUUAGCUGUUACGGUGUAUCAGGCAGAUCCCGUUAUAACCCGUCUCUGUGGUUUCCUGUUUAAAACAAUCAUGCUGAUUUUUUUCUUUAAAAGAAAAAGGAAAAAAAAAAGUGAUUUCGCUGAGUUACACUCAGGCUCCUAACGCGAUACCCGAGGGGUCUUUCCGUCCACACCGCAACAGUUCACAACCCCGACGGAUGAAAAUGUGUGUCCCAAACAGUGGCACCACCUGUGUGUUAAUGUCAUAAUUAGUGAAACUUUACGUUAUUGUUGUCGCGGCCAUAACUUUUCUGUCCAAAGUUUUUGGAACAUGCUUCGCCCUGAUUGGCUGUGCGACGUUCAAAAUGAGCUCGGAGGUGUGCCCGUUCUGUGGGAAGACUUACAAAAGGCUAAAGAGUCACCUGCCACACUGCAAGGCGGCGGCGGCGAAGUCCAAAACACCUCCAACCGAACAUCAUGUCAAAGCGGAGCAGACGACUUCAUCCUCUCAGCUGCUCACAGGUUUCUCUGAACCAACAGCGAAGGGGAAAAAAUCCACACAGACACCGACAGUAGCAACAAGUCCACAGUCAAAGAGGACUGCAAAGGUGUCUGCAGCGUCAUCAUCACCAGCAACCCCGUCCUCGUCACAGUCAUUUCCCCUGAGUUCUCCAUCUCUUCCACCGUCAACCAACAAGAAGAAACAGAAGCUGUCCAAACAAAUCAAGAUGGCGACCACGCUCUCCUCUCCCAUCUCCUCCCCAGCACCGUCUCUGUCUCCCACCGCCUCUAAGCCGAAAAAGAAGAGUCUCCGUGCUCUUAUAGAAGCUGCAAAAUCCGACCAAGUUACUAAGGGAUCACUAGAAGGAGCCAGAUCUGCCUGGGGAGACCUUCCCUCAGGUUCAACUCCGUUUUUAACAGAUUCUCUGAAGUCAUUCACAAGCACAGCAAAGACAGAGACCAACAUUAUUCCACACAACACCAGCCUUGCCCCUCUGUCCACAGACACUAAACCAAAACAUGCACCUAAAAAGAAGUCUCUUUCCACAACCAAAGAUAUUUACUCCUGGGUGGACAACAGUGAGAAAACUGAGGAUAAGAUGUUCUUAAAAUCUGGAAGUGGCCACCAGGCCAGGAUUACCAUCCAGGAUGUUAAAGCCACACUAGGCCGAGAUAAAACCACCAGUCAGUCCAGAAUGACGAGGAUCCUGGGCCAGGUUGAAAAUACUGACAACCUAAGCAGCAAAACCAGACUUGAUACUGGUCUCAGACCUGUAAAAGUCCCAGCAGAGAGCCAGAAAGAUGUUGUUAGCUGCUUGGAAACAACAAGUUCAAACUCUAAACAAUCAUCUUUAAUCCCUCUGCAACGUGAUGGUUCCUUCCAGCCUGAACCAACCUCUCCUGAAACACCCAUCAUCUCUGGCCAUCUAUCGUCACAGGCGAGCCAAGCUACACCUCUUCUGCGUACGGUCAGCAUGAACGAGGGGCUGAAGGGCGGCCAUCACAUGACAGAUCUCCUGUCAGCAUCACCAUCGCCCAUCCAGCUUUCCACUCCUCAUCUUUCCCCUCUUGGUCUACAAGCUGUGCCGCUGAGGACGGAGACGUUGAAAACUGAUGUUGGGUUCAAGCUUGAGGACAGGAAGCAAAACACUGCUCACAGUCGAACCAAAGGUGCUGUGACACAGCGGAGUCUUGGACAGGUGAGACUGAGGGAGUUACCGGAGUGGCUGGCCUGCAAAACCCCCAGUCAUCCAAGAGAUGUAGCGGAAAUGGUGCAAAGAGAACUGUUGUCACCAGCACAAAGAAGUGAAGAUCUGAGGGUGAUUCUGGACAUAGCUACACUCUCUCCUAUUAAUUUUGGUUGCGCUGCUGAGAGGGAAAACAGAGGAGAUGUGAGAACUGCUUGGGAAAAAAAAAAGUGAGAAAAAUAUCCUGGGGGUGUGAGCGAACACAUGGGAGUAAAGUCAAGAGUAUGGCAAUCAAACCACCAAACUACAUGAAAACAAAGUCAUAGACCAGUGUGUGUGUGUGUGCACAUUAACACACACACACAUCCUGAUAGAGAUGUGAAAAUUGUAAAGCAUAGAUAGACAGAUAUGAUCAAUAUAUAAUUAUAUGCAGAAGGCAGACAAACAUACGUACAAUCAAUGACCAUCCAAGGUCGUUUAAACUAAUGACGGUAUCGUCACGUUCACAAAGCAGGGGAACACAUUGUAUUGAACAAAACAGUCAUCCUUUUAAAUGUUCUUUCUAAAAAUGAGGAAAUAAAAAAAAAUCUAAAUAAAAAAGAUAAACAUAUUGUAACAUAUCCUCCUCAAUCUGAGGACUUAGCUCCCCUGACACAAACACACUGUGAAAUGCUUAAAGUGGUUGGGAUCGAGAUUCGUCCUGUGUGUGUGUCGGGGCUUGCAUACCUUUAAGGUACAAAAGAAAAACGCCAAAGAAAACGUGACUUAAGCACAAGAGGGAAAAAAAGAAAGCACUGCUGAGAACAGUAACACUACUUCAUAGGUCUAUGGGACUAGUCUGACUGGUUUCUAGUGUGAAUAAGAGGUUAUCCUUGUUGCAGGCAGCUGAGAGCAAGCAAAUAAAUUUUGGUUCUUUUCCGAAUGUUCACAUUCUGUUUAGCCUAGCGCACACUGUACAUCCACAAGAGCCUCAUAUUCAUAGAGUUCCUGAAAAAAAGCGACAGUACAUUUAGUGCAGCUUGUCUAUGUGAACGUGUCUCUACUGAGCUUACCUUAAAGGAAAUGUCCACCUCUGAACCAUGAAUCUACGGAACACACUGUGCUAAAGCAGAUGAGCGUUCACUGUGUAUGUUUGUAAUGCAGGAAGGAAAUGAGGGAAUGGAUGAUUUUGAAUAGAGCUUCUUCAUGUAAACACUUCAAAAUAAAAACCUAGAAUUAGGCACAGUCAUCAUUUUCUCCCUCCCCAUCAUCCAUCAGGGUUUUCAGCAUAGGUAUUGGGGGCACAAAAUAUUAAUGGUGUGUGUGUGUGAAGAGAGGAACACUCUUGUAUUCAAGCUACUGAAGUCCCUACCCUUGUAAAAUAAUGUUAAAUUCAACAAAAGCUCAUUCUCCACCUGUUAGUCCAUUGCAUUGCACACAUUCCCGGAUCUUUAUAGGUAAUUAUAAGUGCCUGUGUUCACCUUGACUCCUACGUCAUGCUUCCAAAAAAAAAAAAAAAAAAACUUCCAAAAGCUAUAAAAA